AGUUCAAUUGAGUCUCUUGUCUCAAACGCGUCCAAGGUGCUGUUUUUCCUUCCCCGGGGGAGUGCGAAAGAGUGCGAGAGGGCUAGGCGAGCGAGAAGUGCGUGUGAAAAUAAGCAUCCCAGAGAGCAGAAUAUUUCCAGCGAAUUAUCAUUUCUGACGCCGAUGUUCUGGUGUAGAAAUUAAAUAAAGUGCCGUGGUUGGAUUUCCAUCGUGCAGUGACGUCGUCUUUCGAGAAGCCACAGCAUCUGUAGCCCCAGUGGAUGGUGUGAAAAUAGGAAGCCUCGGAUAUUAAGCCGCGACUGCAUUUGCUGAUCGCAUGUGGGGGUGACGCCGAGAUGGGUGAGGGGCUCGAACCGCUGCAUACAGAUACCUAUUGUCUGUUUUGGUCGCAGCCCCAGAUUCCGUCUCGUGAAAGUCUCUUCGAGCAAUCGAAGAUUGUAGACGAUAUUCAUCUUAUAAAUCACUGUGGCGUGAGAAGAUACAGUGCACAAGGCAGAGCUACAGAGGAAACUUAUAAAUGGAGUUAUUAAAAUUUUCUUGCAAACACACCAAAAUAAUGGAGUUUGGCUAGAGUAGUUGUCCAUCUCUCAAUCUGGUGGCAAUGGAGCCGCCUAGUUCUGGCGUUGUACCGCCAGACAAAGACAAGGAGAAACAGCAGAAUCUUCAGUCACCGCAGCCGACUACCCUCAAUUUUCCCACGAUCCAGAUAACAUCUGUCGGUGGUGGCUCGUCCGUGGCAUCCUCGGUCGCUACCACCUGCUCUACUGCCUCCACUUCCGGACAGGGAGCGGCUGGCGGUGGCACAGGAGGUACGGCAGUCUCCAUGGCGGCAACUCAGCAGAGCCAAACACUCGAAAGACUCUCCAGACCCAUGGCAUUCGAUAAGAUGGAAGGUCUGGUCAGGGAGAUGCAGGAUGUCGAAAAUGGUGUUCCUGUACGCAGUCAGAAACUCUUCCUAACAUCCAUACCAUCUGCCUUCAUGGGCUACGAUCUGGUUGAAUGGUUGAUGGAACGUCUGGGCAUUGAGGAAUCCGAAGCACUAAAUAUUGCCAAUCAAUUGUGCCUCCAUGGAUACUUCUUCCCCGUAAAUGACAGCAAGACGCUGGUGGUGAAGGAUGACUCGUCGCUCUAUCGCUUCCAAACACCCUACUACUGGCCAUGGCAGCACAAAGCACCCGAUAAUGUCGAGUAUGCCAUUUACCUCGAGAAGAGAUCCAUGCGCAAUAAGCAACGUCAUGGCCUGGAGGACUAUGAGAGUGAAGCACUGAGUAGUUUGCACAAGAAUCUCAAGGGAAAGUGGGACAUUAUCAAGAUGCAGGCUGAGGAGCAAGUGAAACUAGCCAAAGAACGGAAGAAGGGCGACAAGAUUGUAGGGGAUUCACAGGAAAGAGCUUAUUGGCGUGUCCAUCGACCGCCUCCUGGACAGUUCACACCACUGGAACCAUGUCCAGUGCCAUCUCGUGAUCGGCAGGGACGUCCUCGGCGUCGCAGUGCCGACGACUGGCAACGAGAAGUGGACUUCCUGUCGGCUUCUUUGGGACGCACACGAAUGAAGAUGUCCCAGGCCUGUGAGAGUCUCGUGCAGUAUCACGAGAUCUUUGCAGAAUAUGAUCCACUUAUGCAACCGGCACUGCCUUCAAAUCCCUGGGUAUCGGAAGACACAACUUUCUGGCAACUCAACAAUACUCUCGUUGAUGUGCCCACGGAGAAGCGCGUUAAGCGCUGGAGUAUUUCCAUUGAGGAACUCGUGUCUGAUCCCACUGGUCUCAUUGAAUUCACAUCUUAUCUCAAGAAGGAGUACUCCCAUGAAAAUAUUCGUUUCUGGCUGGCCGUCAAUGAUCUCCGACGUUCUGCACAUUCUCAGAUUGCGCGCAAAGUUAAGGAAAUAUACGAGGAAUUUCUCGAGCCUGGGGCACCGUGUGAGAUUAAUAUAGACAGUAAAACAAUGGAAAAGGUGCAGCAGGGCCUGAAGCAUCCCUCGAGAUUCACCUUUGAUGCAGCCGCUGAACACAUCUAUGCACUACUCCUCAAGAAAGAUUGCUACCCACGCUUCAUACGAUCCGAACACUACAAAUCCCUUCUUGCCAGCGGUAUCCAACCGUCGCACAAGAAGCGCUUCUUUGGCUUUGGUGGUGUGGCCAAGAAGAAGGCUUCCACAGCUACUGCACCAAAUACUGGCCUUCUGACUCAGGGUUCGGGGUCGGGCAUGACGAAUCCACAGAGCAGCUUGGGUCGAAGACGUGGCAGCGAUAGGAGUCUAUCGGGAUCAGCUCAUGAAUUAGCUGUAUCCGGAGUAAAAGAUGCUUCCGGAAAAGUGCCGCAUUCCCACAGUCAGAGCAAUUUGAGUGACAUUCCUUACAGGGGUGAUAUGCCAUCAGGUGGGUUGGUUAUAGCUGUUAUAGCGGAGCAAUCGGAAGUCCCAAACAAAGUUGCCCCCACACUCCCCACAGGAGGAUUCAAUCAGAAAACGAAAAUUCAGGAGCCACCCAAUGUCGAAGCGUCCAUCGAAGCACCUGGCGCAGCAAUUUGUCCAUGGGAUUCAGGUCCAUCUGUGGAAUCAUCUGUGUCUGUGUCUAUUUGUCCGUGGGAGGAGGAAGGUGCGAGUUUGCCGUCAAAUAAAGCAGGAGCCAGACCGAAAGUGCCAUCGCAGUUGGAUAUCAAGAAUACGUCCAGUGAAAUUACAGAAGUUUCCGAGAGGAUGAGACGUUCCUGUGGCCUCAGGCAGAAUACACUUGAUUCUGACUUCCACAGCACAAAACGACUCAUGCCAGCUGUCACGGAGCAUAGAAGAGCUUCAGUUACUAUUGCACCUAGACUCUCCGAUUUACAAUUUUCCACACGUCAGUCCUCCCUGGGCGCCGGAAUCUCAGGGAUUUUCGCAUCAGCUCCACUUCCCUUCACCGACCACCGCUACAGCACGUCGCAGCUCUCGCUAUCCACUUCGGGUGCUGCUGAUGACAAGGAUCAGACACAGGGCGGGAAGGCAGUUCCCAAACCCAAGCCCAUCUACGAGGAGACCGCAAAGGGUGGCGAUGGCUCCAGGAGGGCUUCGAGGGAGAGUGUUGGUACCGACGACAAGACCACAAAGACCCCACUGGCUCGCAGUAGUGAGUCUCUUACGGUCAGAGAUAGUGCUGGACUACCCACAACACCAGCAGAAACGGGAGAGGAGUCGACGAAGAAGCAAACGACUGAAGAUACUCCAAGAUCUCAGGGAGUGACUCCAACCAUAAGCGUAUGUCCCAUACAAGAGACAGAGUCUGAAAGUCCAAAUGUGGAAUUCACUGGAUCCGUGAAGAAGUCCAGUAGUUUUCAGCUUGUGAAGGAAGUGGUCGAGGAGGAGGACGAUGAGAUUAUCAAGUGCACUUCGGCCGCAGAAGAAGCAUCAUCAGCUGCAAAGGCGGCAGAAACCAUCUCGCCAACGAUAGAAGAAUAUGAGGAGUGUAUGGAAAAAUUCCCAAGGCACAGUGUACGCCAGGAAUCUUCGGAGGAGUACGACUACGACGAAAUGCCAGCUGAAGGAAGGGUAACACUGUUACCAGGUUGUGUGGCUCCAGCUCCAACUCCGGCUCCAUCAAUUGCUCCUCUGGCCGAAGUGGAGCAAGACACCCAGGAUGAUGAUCCGGAUGAGGAGGAUGUGGCUACACCAGUAGCCACAUUGUCGACUCCAUCGACUCCAGGCCCGGAGACUGCAGCUGGUCAGCACAAAAAGAGGCGCAAAAAGCGCGAUUCGGAGACAAAGCAGAGUGACGACAGCAAAGAGGAACAGGGAGAUGCUAAGAAGGGUCCGGAAGAGGAUGGGAAGCGAAAUCCCGUGUGUCCCUGGGAAGAUGAAGAUAUGUCCGCAACUGUAGACGCCCCAUUUGUUAAAACUUACGCCACUCUUGGCUAUCUAUGAGAAAAAGAAUGACAACUCUGUCGAUGAUGAGAGCUAAAGGUAAAAAUACAAGAUAAACCCACGAUGAACUUUUGAAAGUUGUUAUAAACUGAUAUUUCAAAAAACUAUUAAGUGAAGAUAAAAGAGAUAAAAAAAGAGAAAAAAUACUUGAUAAAAUCUUACAUCAUAGGCUUGUCUGUACUUGUAUUAAUUAAAGGAGUAAAACCAAAAAAAAAAAAAAGAAAUCUAUAUGAAACUUAUUGUUGUUAGAUAAAAUAAUUGGAUUCUAACCCCUUAAAGAAGUAUAAAAAAAAUACUUACAUAGGUUGAUGGUGAAGAAAAUAAAGAAAUUAGAAGUAAUCUGUAAAAAUUUAGUUUAUUUUUUGGUUUUUUUUUGUUGAAGAAAAAGAGAAAACAUGGAAAAUGUUUUAUGGAAACUUUUUUUCAGUCUGUCUCGUGGCAUGAGGGUGAAAGUUCAGAAGAUUGUGAUGUUUUUUCAAUAGAAUUUACACACAGUGACUUAAGGAUUGGUACACAGAGUUCAUUGAAACUCAUUUUAGGUCGUAAACAAAUUAUAGAGAUGAUAGGGGGUGAUGUUCACUGGAGUUUUUGUUUUUGUUUUUGAAGGGAUGUUUCUUGGGGAUAUUGGAAUGUUAUCAAUAUCGAGGGUGAGUUCACAGAAAGAGCCCCAUAAUGUGUGCCAACUUUUUAUUGUCACAUUUCAUUAGCUCCAAUUCUUCUUGGCCUGGUGAACAAUGUCAAGGAUUUACAAAGAAAAUGGGAAUAUAAAAAAAGAAAUUAAUAAUUUGUAAUAAUGCCUUUAAUUUCUCUCAGAAAAAAAAUAUUGCUAGAGAAAAGAAUAAAUAUAAUCGAGUAAUAAAUGUUUAAUGAAUAUCUUAUAUAGCAUUAUUGUAAUCUCUAACGUACAUUAAUAUCAAUGUUCUAUGAUAAAUAUUUAAUAAAUAAAUAACAUAUUUACUCACUCAAAACCACCCACAAUUUACAGCAAACAGAGACAAACAUUGCAUUUUUUGGCGCUAAAAAUAAAACCACCAAAUUUCGAAAAAUAAAUAAAUAAAUAAAUAAAACAUUGUACAGUCCAACGAAAAAUAUUCCCAAGUGGAAAUAAUUUUUCCCAUUUUUCCACAAUUCAGAAAAAUUAAUAAAACAAACCACCCCAUCAAAAUACAGGGAAAAAAAGAUGAAUUAUUUAUUGCAAACCAAACAUUCUCAGAACAGAACAAAAACAGACAUCUUCAAACACAAAAAAAAAGAAAAAACAUAGUACCGAAUGUUAGGAUAAACUUUCGAGAAUCAUAAAAUAAAUAAAAAAGUUGUAGUGGGAUUAAAUUAUAAAUUAAUAAUUGAUAAAGAUAUUUAAUGGUUAAAUUUAAGGAGGAAAUUCAAGGCAUUGAAACUACAAAAAAAAAUAUUUUGGUUACGAUUUAAGAUUUAGCAAAGGUUCCAAUUUAACUCCAAUCUACUGACUUCUGGGGAUAUUCUGCGUGAAAAUUCUAUUGAAAAAACUUCUAAACGUUCUUCUAAAAAUUCAAUCUCAAACCUUGAUUCAAAUUGAAACAAAAUAUUCAUAAAAAAAUUAACUAGAAUUCACCCAAAUAGCACUAUUCUUUGCGUAAAGAAUAUAAUCGUAAAUGUAGCUAUUUGUCUUAGCAAAAAAAUAAAUAAAACUAAUACCAAAAAAACUUUUUUUUUAUAAUAAAGAAAGUGUCAAAAAAAAUCCAAAAGAAUCAUUAAAAUUUAUCUACUACAGUCAUCUUAAAACCUAAUGUAAGAAAAGAAUUUUUGUGCUCUAGAAGAAGAAUAAAAUAUUUAAGAAAAAAAAACGUGAAAAAGAUGUGGAAAAAAAACUGAUUUUUAAUAAAAAAUAAAACUAAUUUUAUUAGAAAUUAUUAAAAUGUUGAAAUUUACUAGAAUAUCUUUUUUUUUCAUUUGUAAGAUUGCAUUAGUGAGAAUAAUUAACUGAAUAUUUUGUGUACUUCGGUAAUUAGUCAUUGUCAAAUAAGAUAAAUAAAUAAAACAACAUUUUUUGAAGGCCUAUAGAUUGAUUAUUGAAUUGUGAGGAAUGCGUUUUUGGAAAGAAUACUAAAUUAAAGUAAAAUAGAAAUCCUUAGAAAAAAGAAACUCCCACAAAAAAAAACCAAUGUAACCACCGUUUAGUUUACCAAACAAAAAAAAAGAAAUAUAUUUCUGAAAAAAAAAACAAAUAAAAAGAAAAACAGAGUAUAAAUAGAUGAAAAAAUCAAUUAAUGUGUAAAUAGAAAAUCAUUAUUCAUUGAAGAAAAGUACUCUUUAAGCUGAGAGUUUGUUAGAGAAAAAAAAAUUAAUAAAAGAAUGUGAGGUAAAAAUUGCCAGUUUUUGUGCCGCUAAAAAAAUAUUAACUACUUAGUAACAUUACAAAAAAAAAAUACAUUUCGAUUAAUAUAUUAUUAUUAACGCACAAAAUACUUUCCUCCAUCUCUGUCCUCCUAUCCAUUUCCAAAAAAACAGCUAGACUUGCAAAAAAUAUCAAAAACAAAACUCUUCUAAACUAUUUCAAAAGAAAUCAAGAAAUUUGAUAAAAAAGGACUAAAUUGAAUAACUUUCAAAAUAGCAAAUGACCUGUGCGCCAAUAAGAAUAUAUUCGAAUGGAAUUUAGAUAAAAAAGUAUGAAUUUAAAAUUGAGAAAAAAAAUGAAUAUUAUAAAGAAUAAAGUAUUUGAAGGAAAAUAUAAAAUUGUUGAUAGAAAAAUUAUGAUUAUAAUCGAAAAUAAAAAGUACAAUAAAAAUAUAAAACA